GCUGUUGGGCGGAUCCUCGAUCAUUCCCAUUCGGACAAUCUUGGCGGGAGGGAAUGCACGUUUAUCCGACCCGAUAGACUUGGGCCAAUCAGGUCUACGAACACCUCUUCAGGGACAUGAAGGUUAUUCUCAACUUAAUCAUACAAUGGUUCAUGAAGAAUUUAUUUACAAUCUACCUGCUAUAUCAAUAGGUUAUUAUCAGGAGGCGCAUUCAGUAUGACUGCUUUGAGAUAUGCGGCCUUCUCGAAUUUUACUAAGAGGGUUGAAACACCCUUUAUGGCAGACGACAAAGCAUCAACAAGACUUUGUUGUGCACAAUGAUUUGCUCCAUAGACUCGAGAAAGCCGCGUUGGUUCAUGAUUCCUUUCAUCUGAUCUCUUAGCUGACAGUUUCUCAGUCGGUGUGGCGUUUCGUAUAAAAGCCCGGCUCUCACAUCUUCUCGAGCCUCCGUUGCUAAUUCAAAACUUGUCCUUACGAUUGAUACAGGCUAUAUCACGACUUCUAGCUACUCAACGUUGACACGCAGGCCGUGUCUUUUGAAGAAUCAGGAAGUUUUGAAUGUCAAGACCGGCGGAAGCCGUGCUUUUUCCUCGACCACAGCCAUGUUUCGAACAACGCUAGCUCAUGUCACUAGCCUGGUCAAAACCGGCUUCAAGAGUCAGCUCAGAAACCGUCGUAUAAUCGACGUCGCUGAUCCAAAUGAGGGGCAACUACGAGAUAUUUCUCGCAAAUCUUUUAUACAUAGCCUCGUACAGUGUGAAAUUCUGAAGGGACUGGAACGAUCCGAGCCCUCGACUGUAAGCUGCAAUAGCCAGCGAUACCCAAAUCACUCUAAGUGUCCCGCAUUAUGUGCGAAAGCGCAGUGCCCCAUAUCAAGCUUCAGUACCAGUCAACGUACACGUCCCCGGGUGGAGGGUGCCUCUGGAAGGCGAGAACAUCCAUCCAUUCACUCAAACACCAAAAGGUCAUGCACAUCCAGUUCUACAGCUCAGUUGACAGUCAAGCAUAUUCAGGAUUCGGAUAAAAUUUCCCACGUCGUCAAAUCCGAACCAUCAAUCCCGGCUCUGGACUCGUGCCCUCAGCUACCCAAAGACAACCCAACUCCAAAGUUCGCUCCCGACUCAGGAGCGCACAAAUUUUGGAGUCACCGACUGUACAAAUCGCCAGAUGGAAAGGAGAUCCUUGUACAUUACUGUAAAACCCUAGAAAGCGCUGAAACCAUAUCGGGGUUGUUUUCGGACGAAUCCAUUCUUGGACUCGACAUAGAAUGGAAAGCCAACGCCUCCGCGGCGGACGGCAUACUAAAGAAUGUAUCGCUAAUUCAGCUUGCGAGUUCGAGGCGAAUCGCACUCUUCCACAUAGCUAUGUUUAGACCAGCGAGGGGUGCGGAAGACCUCGUACCCCCUACUCUGAAACGCAUCCUGGAGUCUCCGGGUAUAACAAAGGCUGGCGUAUCGAUCAAAGCAGACUGCACGCGGUUGCGCAAGUACCUUGGGAUCGAUACGCGCGCCAUCUUUGAACUGAGCCAUUUGUACAAAUUGGUCAAGUACAGCCAGUCGAAUCCAGGGCUAAUUAAUAAGAGGACUGUCAAUCUGAGCGCACAGGUUGAAGAACACUUUGGGAUUCCUCUGACGAAAGACGUUGAGGUUCGAUGCAGUGAUUGGGCGUCUGCUCUAGACUAUUCGCAAGUUCACUGUGAGUUGUACAUUUCCCUGAACAUAAAGGAUUGUCUAACAAGGAUCGGAUUGUAGACGCUGCAGCUGAUCCAUUCGCAUGCGUGUGUCUGUUCAAUACUAUGAAUGAGAAACGGAUGGCUCUAGAUCCAGUGCCUCCUUUGCCGGCACAUGCUGAGUUGAAUUUACCAAUCCAGAUCGUCCAUGAGACUCCUUUGAAUACUGAGCCUGAGGAAGUUGAGGUUAUCGAGCCGAUAGAUACUCUAUUAGUGGGGACUAAGGAACGUUCCUGAAUCUGGUCUCUUUGUUGAGUUCAAUAGUUUGAAUAACAAAUAAAGCCAUGGCCGGGGCUCGGGAAGUUCUAAAUCAUGUCUUGGGCACUAUGCAUAGAUAGCGUGUUCAUGAGAAGCGCCGUAUAUUCGGCAAUACUCCUUUGACUUUAAUAUCAUCACAUUCUGACGCUCUGGUCAUAUCAUGACAGGGGCUAUUAUGCCAAGUCUGCAAAAGCCAUGCCAAGAAUUGUGGAAUCAAUAUAUCUGAAAUGAACCAUUGUGGGUCUUCGUAUGCUCCUUAUUACAGAUCACUUGAGAAAGGGGGUAUACUAUUUCUCUAAAGACCGGAAACGACAACAUGAACAAAGUAAC